UUUUUUUUCCUUCUUCUUCCCCAUCUUUCCCGCUUCUUCUUUUCUAUUUUCCUUUCCUUUCAGUGUUAUACCAUAAAAUCCCAUAUAUACCGCUUUUGCUUUUUGUUGACCACUUCCCCAUCUUUCCCACUUGUUGACCGCUUUUGCUUUUGCUUUUUAUUAACAACCCCUUUUUCUUCCGCAUCUGCAGCACUUUCCGGGAUCGCAGUUCGCAGGCAGCCUAAAAAAUGGGAUUUGGAGCUCUAAGAAGCGUAAGUCGUUCGCUCUCAAGAACCCUAUUAUCCCGUACCUCCACUUCCCCUACAACAUCUCUUUUUCCACCUUCUCCAUCUCCAAAACUCGACUUCUGUUUCGCCCUCCGUCAGUCUCCAUGGUUCCAGAUUUCGAGUCAUUUCAGCGUCUUCUCUGAGUCGAACCAUUUCGAUGGAUUAACUGACUCUCGCUUUCCAAAGCGAAGACCUCAGGAUAAGCCUCGUCGAAAAAGGGCCAGCUUGAGACCUCCUGGGCCGUAUGCUUGGGUUAAGCAUGUACCAGGCCAACCUAUUCAACCCAGUAAUCCUAAUGAAGGAAGUGUCAAGAGAAGGAAUGAGAAGAAGCGCAUAAAGCAACACAGGGCCUUUAUAAAGUCGGAGGCAAAGAAGCGGAAAGCUCAGUUACAGGAGGCUAAAAGAAAGAAAAUUAUCAAGAGAGUAGAGCGUAAGAUGGCUGCAGUGGCAAGGGAGAGAGCAUGGGCCCAAAGACUGGCAGAGCUGCAGCAGCUAGAGGAAGAGAAGAAAAAAUCAAUGGCGUAGUUUUUUUUUUUUUACUAGAUCUUGC